AUGCACCGCAGAGUACGUCCGGCCUUUCUGAUGAUCAGGAAGAUGGCAGGCUCUGGGGUGGAGCCACAGAUCCUUGUACAGUACUUAGUAUUACGAAAGGAUCUAUCUCAGGCGCCUUUUUCCUGGCCCGCGGGCGCAUUAAUAGCGCAGGCUUGUCACGCCGCCACAGCGGCCUUGCACCUUCAUCGAGAUCAUCCGCACACAGCAGCUUAUCUCCGGGAGCUCGGGCGCAUGCGCAAGGUGGUUCUCGAGGCUGCUGAUGAGACCACCUUGAAGGAGCUGGCUGAGACCCUGCAGCAGAAGAACAUUGACCACAUGCUGUGGCUGGAGCAGCCAGAGAAUAUCGCCACAUGCAUUGCCCUGAGGCCAUACCCCAAGGAAGAAGUGAGCCAGUAUUUGAAGAAGUUCCGAUUGUUCAAGUGACUGAUGUUUGUAGAACUAAUGUCAGCUGGGUCUGGGGAGCCAAAUGGCCUCCAUCCUGAAGCAUUGUGGAUUCCUUUUAAUGUUGACAUACUCUUCCCUUUAUAGUUCUGGUAGUUUCUUAAGAACCAGCACAAAUUCAAAUUAAAGCCCUCAUUAAUAAGUA